CUGCGGCUCCUCGCGCUGGGCUUCGGGCUAGCGCUAGUGCGGGCCGUGGCCGGGGAGCAGGCGCCAGCUUCAGCAGUCCGGCCUCGGUUUCUCCACCUGUCCAGUUGGGGUGGGAAUGGGGAUCUUCUGUCCCAAAAGUCCGGACGAAAAGGAGAGAGAGAAAGCGCCACCCCCUGCUCUCGCGGCCGCUCCUGGAGCACGGACCUCGACAAGUGCAUGGACUGCGCGUCGUGCCGGGCGCGACCGCACAGCGACUUCUGCCGGGGCUGCGCUGCGGCACCUCCUGCCCACUUCCAGCUGCUUUGGCCCAUCCUGGGGGGCGCCCUGAGCCUGGCCCUCGUGCUGGGGCUGCUUUCUGGCUUCCUGGUGUGGAGACGGUGUCGUCGGAGAGAGAAGUUUACUACCCCCAUAGAGGAGACAGGCGGAGAGGGCUGCCCGGGCCUGGCGCUGAUCCAGUGAAGUCCAGCGCCCCUUCUCAGCCGGGUUGCGUUACUUGGCCGGCCUUCAUUCAUUCAUUCUGGAGCCAGCCCCAGCGGCCUCGGGGACACGCCUGAGCCAGCCUCCUGCAGCCACAAGGGGCAGCGGCAGGCGGCCGGAUGGAUGAAUCACCCCUGAGGCCUGGGCCAGGGUUCAGGGGAGUCUUCCAAGGUGUCUGCUCCUGGACAGAUAAG